UUGGAUAACUUAAUUUCUAUCACGAUGAUUCCUCUCUCAAAGCAAAGUUGUCUCCCACUGUCCCGCGAUUCCCCCUGGGAGAAGAGGAGCGCCUGCCUCCUCCGUCCGAUGCACAUCCUGCAGACUUCGUUAGGAGUGUUUCAGCUGGAGCGCAGGGCCCUAAAUGAUCCGCCGUCUCCAUGACAACUCGCCCUACGAACACGACUGCACCCAUGAGCUCCACCUGAGCUAGAGGACGCCGCCAGCCCCCCACCCCCCCCCCCCCUUCCCGACUCCCCUUCGCCCUGCUGGAUUUACUUUUUUAUAUAUCUUUGGGAACUUUUCUCCCACGAUGCUGUGGGAAUUUGGUCUUGUGCUGCUGUUCGUCCUCACACCACAAGCCGCUAGAAUUAAAGGGGCCGGCGUCAGGCUGGACCCGGGGACCGUUGGGCCCGUGCGUUUGGUGGAGCUGCUGAAGACGUCGCACACGCAAACCGAAGGUUCGGGGUUCGAAGUGGAAAGACGGCGACCCAAGAGGUCUGUGUUUUUACACUCCGGAGUGAGAAUCUGCCCCCAAGAGACCAUCAACGAAGUGCUCGCCAGCCACCAGGCGUAUUACCAGCUCAGAGUUUGUCAGGAGGCCGUGUGGGAGGCGUUCAGGAUCUUCUUCGACAGGAUCCCCGGGACGGCGGAGUACCAGCGAUGGGUUCACACGUGUCAACACGAGUCACUCUGCAUCUCCGACCUCACCAAAAACUUCAGCAGCUCCGAGGAGCACAUGGGCAUGAUUCACAGGAAGGUGAACCGGAUGAGAGACAGGAGGCCUCCGUCACGAGGAGUGGUGACUCCUGCACCGGCAUCGAAGAUCCCUGAGAAAGCAGGUGCAGAGGUUGAGACUGUCGCUCCGCCAGCCGCCCCAGCAAUUCUCAGCCCUGUGAGUGUCUCUCCGAGCCCCGGCCUCGAGCAGACCCAUCCAAUCGAGGAGGACUCUGAGCUUCCCAACGUGGUCCCAGAGAGUCCCGUGGAGCAGAUGGUGGAGUUCAGCAUCGACCUGGUGGACCCGGGUUACAGAGAGCUGCUGGACGAUCCAGACUCCCCUCAGUACAUCGACCUGGCUCACCACCUGCAGGACCAGAUGCAGCAUGUUUUUGACAAAAUUCCGGGAUUUAAAGCCAUCCAUGUGCUGGGCAUCAGCGAGACGCAGGACACUGACGGGCCCGGAGGAAUCUCGGUGCACUACUCUCUCGUCUUUGAGAUUAAUUCACCUGUAAUAAACUCAGAGAAUUCAGAGACGCCAAGCGGCACCCCGGAGACUUCAGUCAGCUCCGGCCUCAGGGAAAUGGUCGCCAAGGCUCUACGUGAGGAGGCCUCGCUGCCGAUUGAUCUGGACUCGCUCAACUUCGAACCAGAAGCAGUCCUCCUGCCAGCACUGACAGCUACCUCUACAGUAGAAGUAGUGAACGUGUCCAGUGAGCCCGAUUCACACAACGAGUUUGAAGUUUCCAUUGAUGAGCCAGAAGUUGAUAAACCACGGCUGGAUGUUCCCCUCAUGCCCAUGGCGAAGGAAAACGCCCUCAUCACCCUGCUGGAUCCCACGGCUGUCGCGGACGAUGAGAUGACGGCAGUGGGUGAGCCCAAGCCAUUAAGUGAAGACGAGGAGGAAGAAGUUCUGAUCAUUACACAUGAGAUUGAAACCAUUCAUCACGACGAAACUGGGGAACUCGUGAGAGACUACAUCCCGACCCCUCCUGUGGUUCUGGAGCUGGAGACCGACGCUCCCUACGUCAGUCUGUCUCCUAACCUGAUAUCAGAGGAAGACCUGACUCCCAUUGAUGAUGACAGUAAGAAUCCCAGUUUGGAUACUGUCACCCCCACCACACAGAUAUUAUUAACUACAGCUCCCGCUCAAGAGGAAGUUUCCAAUGCGGGACUCCCAAUCACGACACUUUCAGGCAUCACGGGCCAGCCGCCCACUGAGCCGAUAGUAAAGCUUCUAGAAGACGAAGAAGGUAAUGCUCUUCCGGAUGAGGGAGGCCCUGAACCUUAUGACCCCGGCGAGGCUUCGGAAACAGAGCAUGUUUCCGAGUUGGAAACUGAAUUGUUAGAACCAGAGGGAGAGUCAGUGGUGGAACCUGAACAAAUUGAACCAGAGGAAGGGAAUUUAGAGGUGUCAGAAUCUGAGAUAGAAGUAGCUGAAGAGGAAGAAGUAGCUGAAGUUCCAGGGCCAGAGGAAGAAGUAGUCGAAGUUUCAGAGCCAGAAGAAGAAGUAGUCGAAGUUUCAGAGCCAGAGGAAGAACUAGAGGAAGAAGUAGUCGAAGUUUCGGAGCCAGAGGAAGAAGUAGUUGAAGUUUCGGAGCCAGAGGAAGAAGUAGUCGAAGUUUCGGAGCCAGAGGAAGAAGUAGUCGAAGUUUCGGAGCCAGAGGAAGAAGUAGUCGAAGUUUCGGAGCCAGAGGAAGAAGUAGCCGAAGUUUCGGAGCCAGAGGAAGAAGUAGUCGAAGUUUCGGAGCCAGAGGAAGAAGUAGUCGAAGUUUCUGAGCCAGAGGAAGAAGUAGUCGAAGUUUCGGAGUCAGAGGAAGAAGUAGUCGAAGUUUCGGAGCCAGAGGAAGAAGUAGUCGAAGUUUCGGAGCCAGAGGAAGAAGUAGUCGAAGUUUCGGAGCCAGAAGAAGAAGUAGUCGAAGUUUCGGAGCCAGAGGAAGAAGUAGUCGAAGUUUCGGAGCCAGAGGAAGAAGUAGUCGAAGUUUCGGAGCCAGGGGAAGAAGUAGUCGAAGUUUCAGAGCCAGGGGAAGAAGUAGUCGAAGUUUUGGAGCCAGAGGAAGAAGUAGCUGAAGUUUCAGAGCCAGAGGAAGAAGUAGCUGAAGUUUUGGAGCCAGAGGAAGAAGUAGUCGAAGUUUCAGAGCCAGAGAAAGAGUUGGUGGUAGAAAAUCAAGACGAGGCAGCAGCUCCAGAAGCAGAGGAAGAGUCUGAACUUGGUGGGGAUGCAGAUGAGGUUUCAGAACAAGAAGAAGAGGUGGUUGAGCCAGCCGGAUCAGAAGAAACAAUACCUGAAGUUUCCGAGGAAACGGUAUCGGAAGUUUCUGAACAGGCAGGAGAGGUAGCUGAGGAGGAAGUUGUGGAGAUUUCUGAAGUAGAAACAGAAGUUGUUGAAGCUCCAGCGCCAGGUGAAGGUGUGGUUGAAGUGUUGGAACCAGCAUCUGAACCAGAACAGGAAGGGCAUGGAACUGAAGUGACAGAAACAGGACGUGAGGUAGUUGAGACUGCAGAAUCAGAGGAGGAGCCAGAAAAUGCCUCAGAACCAAGUGAAGAACUGGUAGAGGAUGGAGAGAUAUCUCCAGAACCAGAACCAGGGGAAGAGUCAGAAGAAGUAGCCGAUGUACUACAACCAGAUGAGGUUCCAGUACCGCAGGAAGAGCCUGAGGACAUUUCAGAACCACAACUUCCACCAGAGGCUGGAGAAGAGGCAGCUGAUGUUUUUAAGGAAGAACAAGAGGAGGUUGUUGAGAAUCCAAAGGAUGAAACAGAACCAGGGGAAGGCACAGAUCUUGUUUUACCACCGGCAGAAGAGUUACCCGGGGUUUCAGAAAUAGAAGAGGAAGGAGUGGGAGGAGUUGAUGUCCCAGAACCAAAUUCAGAGGAGGGCAUAGUUGAGAUGUCAGGACCAGAACCAGAGGGAGAAGUUACUGAGCCGCCAUCUGAAUCAAUGAAAAUCCUUCACCCGUUGGACAGCGUGGACGAUCUUCACUUUGGAGGGGAUACUGUUCAGGUUAUUGAAGAUAACGAGUUCCUUCCACCAGUUGGACCGAACUAUCCCCAGCCACAUGAGGAAGAUAACUUACCCAUCUUACCGAUAGACAUCCAGCCUUCUGAAGAAGAUGAAGGUGAACCUGACCAUGACUAUCCCGUCAUUGAUGACUUUUACACGGAGGAGGACGUUGACGGCGUGGACACACAAGUGGAGAGUGACACUGGUGCCACCACACUGACCGAAACAUCAGAGAGCGAUCUACAGUUUGAAACAACCUCUGAUAUCGCCGAGUCGACAGCUGCAGACAACCACGACACAUCAGAGGGCGCCGAAGUCACAGAAGAUGUGCCGGAGGAGACGCAACAAAGUGAUUCAUCCCCAGAAAGAGACAUCAGUGCACCUGAGUCUUCAGAGGACGAUGGCGCGGCGCCAGAGGCAGAGUCAGAGCCAGCUGUCGUCAUUAUCGAUGAAGACCUGGAAGACGCAGUACCAAAAGGAAGCGAAGGCCAGACAAUCCCAGCGCCAGCUGCCGAAGACGUCGUAGAUGAGGCUGUGAAGGACCUUGCGGUGGAGCUGGACCAAACGGACGUAGCAGCCACAGAGUCAAAUGAGCUGCCGGACGAGGGGAGCGGAUUCCUACCCGUGGGGGAGGAAGGCAUCGCUGUCGGCGUCACAGCCCCGCCUCCAGUCAGAUACCUGACCACGCCCUCCAUGACCACGGCCGGCCACGGCAGGGAGCUGGUGGUGUUCUUCAGCCUGCGCGUCACCAACAUGGACUUCUCCGAGGACCUCUUCAACAAAACGUCUCCAGAGUACAGAUCGCUGGAGAACACCUUGUUAGACGUGCUGAUGCCGUUCCUGCAGGCGAACCUGACAGGCUUCAAGAAACUGGAGAUUCUAAACUUCAGGAAGGGCAGCGUGGUCGUCAACAGCAAGAUGAAGUUCGCCAAGUCGGUGCCGUACAACAUCACCAGCGCCGUGCACUGUGCCCUGGAGGAGUUCUGCCUCGCCGCCUACCAGAACCUGCACAUCCAGAUCGACACCCACUCUCUGGAUGUUGAACCAGCUGAUCAGGCCAAUCCCUGCAAGUUCCUGGCCUGCGAUGAGUUUUCUCGCUGCGUGGUGAACGGCUGGACAAAGGAGGCUCGGUGUCUGUGCGAGCCGGGCUUCCUGUCGGUGGACGGCCUGCCCUGUCAGAGUCUGUGUGUCCUGCAGCCCGACUACUGCCAAGGAGGCGACUGCCACAUUCUCCCUGGACACGGAGCCGUGUGCAGAUACAAAGACAGCUACUCCCUCCCAGGCCUUGCCAGUUAAGAAAACAUAUCGGAUCGGAGGUCACCUGAGAAUACUACAAAAGGACUCUGUGAAAUAGGAUUCGUCAGCAGGAACUCGGGACUCAUCACAGCCUCACAGUUAGAAAUCAAAAGCUGAAGAGCUUUCAGGACAAACUGUUUGCCUCCAAACUCUUCAGAGCUCUGAGCUUUAUAUCAGAGGACGAUCUUCCUUCAGCGUAAACAGACAUUUAGGCCACUUUGGAAACUGCCGGACAGCCGCCGUCAUCGUCGUCGAAGAGGAUCUCAGCACAUGACUCUGCAGCCUCGAUCAUUGAUCGACCAUGGACUGUUUUUGUACACGUCUGCUGACAAUCUUUGUGUUUGUGUAGUAAAUAGAUGGUUAAAAAUACACAGGAUCUGAUGUGACAUGAUGAGAUCAUCUGAAAGCUCUCAAAUAUGGAAACAAAAAAGGAACCUCGCAUCAGGGAUCUGCUUUAAUUUUUUCAUUUAGGUCUGUAAACACUGUAAAGACUGUCAGAACUGGACACCCUCAUCCUUUCACAGCUUAAUACAAACAUUCUUUACCCCGUUGUACACCUGAACCUCUUAUAUACUGGGACUGAAGAUGAGGAUCACUGUGGAUGUGUCGCCAGAGUAACGAAUAGUAAAAUGCAGCUGAUUUCAUCGAUAUCUUAAUCAGUGGUUACCAACCUUUUUUUUUUUUUUAGCUUGUGACCCCUUAAAAAUCAAGCAAUAGUUACUUUGAGCCCGCUCCUGGUCUCAAGGUUAUGGUUUUGAGCACCAAAAAGUGAAUUUUUUUCUUUCUCAAAUUGUUUGUUUUGAAGGAUUUUUAAAGGCCUAACAAGGUGAAAUAAUCCAGUAUUUCUAAAGGAAAAAGUGAAAAACUAGAAAAGCUAACUGUUUCUGUCUUUGUUAUUGGUGCUUUGAGCUAAAUGCUUACGUUUUGCAGGAAUAAUGUUUACCACGUUUUAUCAUUAUCUUAGUGUAGCUUGUUAGCAUGCUAACAAUGAAUUUUGUGGGCAAAUGCAGCCAUUUUUUGAGUUGUAGAUGUGUAAUAUCACCAUAUUCUCUUGUACAGUUCAUGUAAAUAGACAAAACAUCUCCUUUUGGGCAAAAAAAAUGUAACUUGGACUGUUUUUCUUAUUUGAAGUGUUAAAUUGUCAUCUAAAUGUUUUACAAUCGAUAGUUAAAAAUACAAACUGAGUUGUAUAAGAGAUCCCAUUUUCUUCAU